AUGGCGGAAGCUCUCUCGGUGAUGCCGGCGGCCGUGCUCCGUAACCUUGCCGAUAAACUCUAUGAGAAACGCAAAAAUGCUGCUCUUGAGGUUGAGGGGAUUGUGAAGCAGCUUGCUUCUGCUGGUGAUCAUGAUAAGAUUACCUCUGUGAUUACUUUGUUGACUACGGAAUUUACUUAUUCGCCCCAAGCAAAUCAUCGCAAGGGAGGCUUGAUAAGCUUAGCUGCUGCUACGGUUGGGUUGACUAAUGAAGCUGCUCAGCAUCUUGAGCAAAUUGUGCCUCCUGUGUUAAAUUCUUUCUCGGAUCAAGAUAGCAGAGUUCGUUAUUAUGCCUGUGAAGCACUAUAUAACAUUGCCAAGGUUGUGAGAGGAGAUUUUAUUGUAUUCUUCAACCAGAUCUUUGAUGCCUUAUGCAAGCUUUCUGCAGAUUCAGAUGCCAAUGUACAAAGUGCUGCACAUCUCUUGGAUCGACUCGUAAAGGAUAUUGUGACCGAAAGUGAUCAGUUCAGUAUUGAAGAAUUUAUACCAUUAUUGAGGGAGCGCAUGAAUGUACUUAAUCCAUAUGUCCGCCAAUUUUUGGUAGGAUGGAUUACUGUAUUGGACAGCGUACCAGAUAUUGAUAUGCUGGGUUUUCUUCCUGAUUUUCUUGAUGGUUUGUUUAAUAUGUUGAGUGAUUCAAGUCAUGAAAUACGUCAACAAGCUGAUUCAGCUCUUUCGGAGUUUCUUCAAGAGAUAAAGAACUCCCCAUCUGUAGAUUAUGGCCGAAUGGCUGAAAUACUGGUACAAAGAGCUAGUUCUCCGGAUGAAUUUACGAGAUUAACAGCUAUCACAUGGAUAAAUGAGUUUGUCAAACUUGGUGGAGACCAGCUUGUUCCAUAUUAUGCUGACAUUCUUGGAGCCAUUUUGCCUUGCAUAUCCGAUAAAGAAGAGAAAAUUAGAGUCGUUGCCCGGGAAACCAAUGAAGAGCUACGAGCAAUCAAUGCUAAUCCAGCUGAAGCAUUCGAUGUAGGAGCAAUCCUCUCCAUUGCAAGGAGGCAACUAUCUAGUGAAUGGGAGGCUACUCGAAUUGAAGCUUUGCACUGGAUAUCAAUCCUCCUAAACAGACAUCGUAUUGAGGUUUUGAUAUACCUGAAUGACAUAUUUGACACCCUACUAAAAGCACUUUCAGAUCCAUCUGAUGAGGUUGUUCUUUUAGUUCUUGAUGUUCAUGCAUGCAUUGCAAAAGACCCUCAGCACUUCCGACAACUUGUCGUUUUCCUUGUGCACAGUUUCAGGCUAGAUCAUUCUCUUUUGGAGAAGCGCGGUGCUUUGAUAAUUCGCCGCCUUUGUGUGCUUUUGAAUGCUGAGAGAGUCUACCGUGAACUUUCUACAAUAUUAGAAGGAGAAUCAGAUUUGGAUUUUGCAUCAAUUAUGAUUCAGGCAUUGAAUUUGAUCUUACUUACAUCAUCAGAAUUGUCUGAGAUUCGAGAUCUUUUGAAGCAAUCACUGGUAAAUCCUGCUGGGAAAGACUUGUAUGUUUCUUUGUAUGCCUCUUGGCGUCAUUCUCCAAUGGCAAUUAUAAGUCUCUGCUUCUUAGCUCAGACUUACCGACAUGCCAGUACUGUGAUUCAGUCUCUGAUAGAGGAGGAUAUAAAUGUCAAGUUUUUGGUCCAACUGGAUAAAUUGAUUCGCUUGCUGGAAACUCCAAUCUUUGCUUACCUUAGAUUGCAGCUUCUCGAUCCUGGAAGAUAUUUAUGGCUAUUCAAAUCGUUGUAUGGUCUUCUGAUGUUGCUUCCUCAGCAAAGUGCAGCCUUUAAGAUACUAAAAACUCGUUUAAAAGCUGUGCCGUCAUAUUCUUUCAAUCGUGAGCAAUUGAAUAGAAUGCCUUCUGGGGAUUACUACGAAUUUGUUCCUCAGAUGCCAGAUGAAAAGAAAAAAGAUGGUCAUGUAACUGAAGACGGUGGGAGCUCAUAUAGUGGAUUAAACUUUACUGAAAGGUUAAAUGAGUUUCAGGAAAUGCAGAAGAAACAUCGGGUUCACAACAAAUCACAAAGAACAUUACGCAGUUUAUCGACUUCAUUACCAAAGGUGGCACAGAAACAAGAAGAGCCAGAAGAGCCACAGAGACAACAGUCUAUUGAUCUUAAUGUUCCUCCUUCAAGAUCAAGGAGAAAUUCAGGGCAAAUACAACGAUAA